CUCACAGCAGUUUACAUAAAAUAGGUUACAUUUUUAACCUAAAAGUUGUUCUAAAACAUCACCAAUAUUUUAACUUUUUUUAAACUCAACAGUAUUCCCACCAACACGUUGUUUACAGGGGGAAAGAGACGCCAGAGUCCGUUGACAUUUCAGCUUUCUGUGUGUCUGUGUGUGUGUGUGUGUGUGUGUGUGUGUGUCUGUGUGUGUGUCUGCUGUUACUGAUGCAGACCAGUGGCAGAGACAAGAUGGCGGCUGACUGAUGGGUCUUUAUCAGAGGAAAGAGUGUUUGCUCAGCCAAUAAGAUAAGCCAAGCGUGUUCAGGGCGUUGUCUGUUUAAAGUUUACUUUGAAGUUCAGACAGGUUGUGUCACAGUUAGUUUAUACUGCUGCUGUGUGAUACUGUAGAUUUCUCUCACGACUCAGAAUUGUUAAUAUAUCUGUUUCCUCUGUCUGGAGCUCCAGCUGAAGUUUGAUUUAAAGUCAGCUUCUUCAUCACUCUGAAGAGGAGAUCUCAACACUUCAGGAGGACCAGGAGUCUUUAAGAUGGGGGGUUCAGAGUUAACACCAACAACAAGACAGAGCAUAGACCUCUCUCCUCAUCUCUCUGAAUUAAUGGACAAACUUAAAGAACAUGCAUCUUCAUUCAUCAGAGAGUUUGACAGCAGAGAACCAAUGAGACAGAUUGUUAGAAAGUUUAGGGAGAUCCCUGAUGAAGUCAGAAAGAUGCAGAAGAGAACAGAUGAAGUCAGAAGAGCAGGAGCUGUUACACUAGUAGUCUCAGCCAUUGGCAUGCCAAUUAGCUUACUUGCAGGCGGAGCAGCAUUAGGAGCAGAAGCAGCAGGAGGGGCAGGAGGAGCAUCAGCAUUAAUAGCAACAUUAUGGCCAAGAGCAGCAGCAGCAGCAGCAGUAAUCACAACGGUAGGAGCAAUAGGAUCAGUACUAGCAGCAGGAUCAGCCAUUGCUGUUGCUGGUGCAAAUGUAACAAAAGGGAUAUCAGAGAAUGGAAGUAUAAAUAAAGUAAAACAACUGGGGAAAGAGUUCAUGGAGAUGGUUGAACCGCUGAAGAAUGACCUGGAAGAAAUAAUGAGGACGUGUGAGGAGUUGGAGCAAAGAUCAGCUGAACGUCAGGCUGGAAUCACUCUGACAGACAUGGAGGACUUUCAAUGGAUAGUGUCUGAACUGGGAAGUAGUGACGGAGUAUUGUCUACUAUGUGGAAAUUCUUCACGCCUACAGCGACCCCUGAAGAGGACAGAAAGUUAAGAGACUCCAUCAUCCAGUCAGCUGAUCUCUCUCAGAAAGUCAUCGAUGACUUGGAGAAGAUGAAGGAAGAACUCAAAGACUUCACAGAACAGUGACCAUACACGCUGCAGUUUGAAGUAAGGAUUAAUGAGCCGUGUAGUAACAUAGCAGCGCCACAAGAUGGCACCUGAUGUACCGGGUGGGAACCCUGCACAUGUUUCACAAUAAAAGCCUGGAUAGAAACUACAGGAUUCUGUCCAGAGGGUUUUUAUUUUGAAACAAGAAGUGUUGAGUUUGUUCUAACAGCAUCAUGCAGAAACAUUUCUUUUCUUUGUUCUGAUUUAUUAAAAUGAGAUGUUUAUAUCAGCUGGAUAUUUGUCUGUGUUUAUCUCUUUUUUACAGUAUAAAUUCAGAAAACGAGAUUACAUAAAUUUAUUUUCUUAAAUCUCUGUUUUUCUCCAAAAUAAAACCAGAAAUCCAGUUUCAGAUCAGUUUUCAGCAUUGACACGCUUUUUCUGCAGGGGCGUAGGACUGGAGGGCGGGGGGGGGG